CAACCGAGAAAACAUGGAUUGGAUGUUGAGAGAUCAUGAAUGUUUCUUCGUCUUCUUCUUCUCGUCGAGCUGAUCAAGGAGUUUGUCCAUCCCGAUCAGGGCUAGCCCAAAGCAGAGAAGGGUUGAAGAACAAGUAUUUAAACGAAACUUCAAAGAGUGAGCGUGGGAUGAUGGGCUGCUUUACGUGGGGGACAACUGAAUCUAGGCGUGGGACGUGGGAGGGUGGGAACAAAUUGGUACGUACUUACCAUGACACUACUACUACCGGAUUAUGGGCCAUCAAGGUCCACAAAGCCCAAUUGACUUUGUAUAACUUCACCAUAUAUCCUCGGAUUCAGGCUUGAAUCACUCCCAUGGACUACCCUGACCUUCCAUCCCUUUCACAACAACCAAACAAGAUGACGUCGUCAACCACUAGUGUCCAGAACAUGUUCUCCCUCGAGGGCCACACUGCCCUCAUCACCGGAGCCACGCGAGGCAUUGGUCAAGCCGUGGCCAUUGCCCUUGCCGAGGCCGGCGCCGAUAUUCUUCUCGUCCAGCGCGACGAAACCUCCACCACCACCCUCCAAGCCAUCCAAUCUCUCGGCCGCCACACGCAAAUCUACAAAGCCGACCUCUCCUCCCCCACCGACGUCUCUUCUUUAGUGCCACGCAUCCUCUCCGACGGGCACACCAUCCGCAUCCUGAUCAACUGCGCCGGCAUCCAACGUCGACACCCUUCCCACCUGUUUCCCGACUCCGACUUUGCCGAAGUGAUGCAAGUCAACCUCAACGCCGUCUUCACUCUAUGUCGGGACGUGGGCGCGCACAUGUUGGGUCUCGACCCCCACCCCGUCACCGGACGCAAGGGGUCAGUGAUCAACUUUGCGAGCUUGUUGACGUUCCAAGGGGGGUUAACGGUGCCAGCGUAUGCGGCGAGCAAGGGGGCCGUUGGGCAACUGACCAAGAGCUUCGCGAAUGAGUGGACGAGUAAAGGCGUGACGGUGAAUGCGAUUGCGCCGGGGUAUAUCGAGACGGAGAUGAAUGAGGCGUUGUUGAAAGAUGAGGAGAGGUUGAAAAGUAUUAGUGCGAGGAUUCCGGCUGGGAGGUGGGGAAAUCCGGAAGAUUUCAAGGGAACGGCUGUGUAUCUGGCCAGUAAGGCGAGUGGUUACGUGAGCGGGCAUGUGUUGGUGGUUGAUGGUGGGUGGAUGGGACGGUAAGUGAGAAAAGACUGUAAACAAUAAUGAUGGGUCGGAUGGGAAAAUAGCAUGAUGAUAUU